UAAGACUAAGAAUUCAGAAGUCAGAGAGUGUGAGAGCAGAGGAGAAAGAAAAAAGAAAAAGAAAACAAAGAGAAGCCAUGGCAAGCUUGGCGAAUGUAGCAGGCUUAGGAAAUUCCUCUCUCUUCGCAUCUUCUCCCUCUCAGAAGCCACGUCUUACAUCCAGCUUUAUAAAAUCUCCAGUAGCUGCAAGAAACCCUCUGAAACAAGCCCUAGCCUCAGGUGGAAGGUUUACCUGCUUCGAGAGAGAUUGGCUACGCAGAGACUUUAAUGUGAUCGGGUUUGGCCUGAUUGGUUGGAUCGCCCCAUCAAGCAUACCGGUGAUCAACGGUAACAGUUUGACAGGCCUCUUCUUCCAAAGCAUUGGAAAUGAGCUUGCUCACUGGCCCACCGGCCCAGCUCUCACGUCUGAUUUUUGGCUAUGGCUGGUCACAUGGCAUCUGGGGCUGUUCCUCUGCCUUACAUUCGGGCAGAUUGGUUUCAAGGGAAGGACUGAAGGGUAUUUUUGAGAUUUCUCUCUACAUGUGUAUGUAUAGUACCUGUAUUUCUCUUGUGUAACUCUUUCUCGUUGUGUAAUGACACUACUACUUAAAAGUGUUUCAAGUUGUUGUUUAUUAAUCUUUUAUUGGGCA